AUAUUGCCCCACAGGCUAGUGUUCUUCAUAUAUGCCACAUCGCCACUUCCCAUAGUAGGAUAUCUAUCAAUCAAAGAAACAUUGGUUUUGUUUGUGUUUAAGUUUCGGAUCUUUGCAAAAGAAAGGAGAAAGAAGAAAUGCUAGCAGUUUUCGACAAAUCGGUUGCCAAGAGCCCAGAUGCUCUUAAUGCUCCAGAUAACCCUCAGGCUAUUUCUGCUCUCAAAAAUGGCUUCUUACCUAAUCACUUUGCCUCUGUUUAUCCCGGUUCUGUCUCCAUCAGUCUCGGCUCUUCUGGGGUUAUGGCUUAUUCUCUUGAAAAACAGAACCCACUUCUCCCCAGACUGUUUGCGGUUGUGGAUGACAUAUUCUGCUUGUUUCAAGGCCACAUUGAGAAUAUUGCCGUUCUUAAGCAACAAUAUGGCUUGAACAAAACAGCAAAUGAGGGGAUCAUUGUUAUUGAAGCUUACCGAACCCUCAGAGACAGAGGUCCUUACCCUCCGGAUCAGGUUGUAAGAGAUAUCCAGGGGAAAUUUGCUUUCAUUAUCUAUGAUAGCUCUUCAAAAGCCACAUUUAUAGCUUCUGAUGCUGAUGGAAGUGUACCUUUCUUCUGGGGAAUUGAUGCUGAAAACCACCUUGUUCUUGCAGAUGAUGUGGAGACUGUCAAGAAGGGCUGUGGGAAGUCUUUUGCUCCAUUCCCAAAAGGGUGCUUCUUCUCAUCCACUGGAGGGUUAAAAAGCUAUGAGCACCCCCUUAAUGAGUUGAAGGCAAUGCCUCGGGUGGACAGUUCGGGUCAAGUUUGCGGGGCUACUUUCAGUGUGGAUGUAGAGGCAAAGAAGGAAUCAACUGGAAUGAAAAAGGUUGGAAGUGCUGCAAACUGGUCCUCUAACUACUGAGCUUUAGAAAUGGCAUCCUGUUUCAGCAAGGCUUUUGUUAUUAGGGAGCCUUCCCUUGGUCUUAUUUUUAAUUCCUAAUUUUGCUAUCUCGAUGGCUUGGCUGGAUUACUGGGUUCCUAUUUUAAAACUAGGUUAACAGUUUAUGCGGUUUGUACAUGCUUGCUUACCAUCAGAACUGAGCCCGACAUGCUACAUUACAUGAAAUAAUGUUUCUUGCCAUAAA